AUGGCGAGGAGGUGCGGCACUCUCGCGAGCCCGCCGAGAAUGUCCCAUGUAAUUCACGUGGCGUUCCUCGCGUGCGCGAUGCUCCUGCUGACGCGCAUCGCUGGCGCGGACGCCCGCCGUCUGACCUCUUUCACGGUCGAGACGGCGGACCUCAAGAUCAAGGCGCCCGCGUCCCUCGCGAAGACGUACGACAUGGCCAUCGCGAACUUCGGCGAGCCCCUCUACGGCGCCACGCUCAGCGGAGGACUCGCGUACCCCACGUCGAUCGACGCGUCGUACAGGACCGGCUGCCAACACUUCCCCGCCGGCUACGUCGUCCCGAAACAAGCCGGCUUCGGCGCCGCCAUCCUCGUCCUCGACCGCGGAGGAUGCCCGUUCACGGACAAGGCGUAUCACGCGCAAUCGGCGGGUGCUGACGCGCUCAUCGUCGUCGACAACAUCGACGAGCCCCUCGUGACGAUGGACGUCGGCGACGACGAGCAGAGCAGCGUAUACGCGGCGAACAUAUCCAUACCCGUCGGGUUGAUCGCGAAACGAGACGGCGACGCGUUCAAGACGGCGCUCACCGCCGGGUCGAGCGUCCUCGCGGUGCUCGACUGGACCGACGUGCUCCCCCACCCGGAUGAGCGGGUGGAGUGGGAGUUUUGGACCAACUCCGGGGACGAGUGCGGGCCGAAGUGCGACUCGCAGAAGGCGUUCCUCGAAGACUUUCGGCCCAUCGCGAAGAAGCUCGAGCAGAACGGCUACACCUCGUUCACGCCGCACUACAUCACCUGGCUCUGCCCGCCCGACCUCAUCCAGGAUCCCGCGUGCGUCGCGCAGUGCAUCAACAACGGCCGGUACUGCUGCCCGGAUCCCGACGGCGACUUCCAGGCGGGGUACAGCGGCCGCGACGUCGUCAUCGAGAACCUCCGAACCCUCUGCGUGUUUAACCAGGCGAACGCGACGGGUCAGAGCUGGAAGUGGUGGGACUACGUGGUUCAGUUUGGAGCAAAGUGCACGAUGGAGAGCGGCAACUACGGCGUGGAGAGCUGCGCGAUUUCCAUCCUCAACUCUGUCCAGCUCGACGUCGAGCAGUGGCGGCGGUGCGUGGGAGACCCGGACGCGAACGAGCGGAACGCGGUUCUCGACGAGCAGCAGGAGGCUCAGGUUGGCACGGGCGGUCGAAGCGACGUGAGCAUAUUGCCCACGGUGGUCAUCAACAACGAGCAGUACCGGGGUAAGAUCAUCAGCUCAGACGUCCUCCAGGCGAUCUGCGCGGGCUUCGCCGCCGGCACGAAACCGGAGGUUUGCGGCGGGGCGGACGCGUGCGACGGCGGCGGCGGCGCCGAGUGCGCGAAGAACACCGACACCGGUCACACGUCCUGCCAAACUUCGGGCGCGUCCUACAAGUGCGUCUGCCCGGUGGGAACGAUCGAGGUGAAGAAUAGCCAGGACGGGACUUUGAGCUGCCAGGACAUCAACGAGUGCCCGACCGCGAUGCAGACGGUCAACUCGUGCAUGUGCGAGCGGUGCUGGUGCAAGUCGGAGCACCUCCCGGGCAACGACGCUACGUUUACGUGCCACCAGGAGCCGCCCUCUGUGUGCGACGCCGCGGGCAUCGAGCACCCCGGCGGAUGCUGGUCCGAGAAGGGAUUCACCGCCUGCGUCGACGGCAUCGACGCCAAGAAACAAGCCGGGAUAAAGGGCUUAGACCCGGCGGCCGUCCCGGAUCACACGUGCGUCUGCCCCAAGGGGUUCACGGGCGACGGUAAGGUGUGCGAGGACGUGGACGAGUGCAAGGGAGGCGCGUGCGCCGGCGAUCGCAUGACGUGCUCGAACACGUUCGGCGGGCACGAGUGCGGAUGCGAGGCGGGGUUCGCCCCGACGCUCUCCGCGUCGUCCCCCGACGGCGUCAAGUGCGUGGAGGUCAAGAGCGGGGGCGGAACCGGUACCGUCGUCGCCGCCGUACUCGCCAGCUGUGUCAUCGUUGGCGGCGUCGCGUACGGGUUGUACCGAUGGAGGCUGAGGUCGUACAUGGACCAGGAGAUCAAGGCGAUCAUGGCGCAGUACAUGCCGCUCGAGGAGGAGCCCGACGAUGAGGAGAACGGGGGGCGCGAGCUGCGAACGGUGUCGCGUCCGUCCGGGGCGGGGGGGCUCACUCACGAGGAGUAUUAACCGCGGAGGGGGCUCACUCGACGACGAUUCGGAAUUUACGGCGAAAUUAACGGCUUUCACGGCGAGUUGCACGGCGGGAGCGUGAGCGGCGACACGAGGACGACGACGCCUUUACGUUAUGUUUGUUUUUAUCUCGAACGAAGACGCAUCACUU